AUGGUUAAUGUUAUAGCGGUUUUUCAAAAUUUCUCAUCGACUUACUACAGUUAUAACAAUUUUGGUGAAUUUAUAAUCGAAGAGCUUGACUGGGAAAAAGAUUCAAGAAUUUUUCCAAAUCGAAUGAGGAACCUUCGUGGAGUUACGUUACCAGCUCUUUUCGGAGGUCAUGAGCCAUCAGUGAUCGUAUCAGAAAAUUUUGAUGGUGAAAUAGUUAUUGGAGGUCUUGUUGGACAUAUUUUCAAGGCUCUGGCUAAGAAGCAUAACGCCAGAUUGAAUACUUCGAACAUAGAUUUAUCACUAUCACCUCUUAGUUUAUACCAAUUUGUGCUCAAUGGCUCACUUGAAAUAGCCGCUGCUGGACCCGUUGCUUUAAUGAAUCCAAACGAAUGGUUUUCAUAUCCGUAUCGUAUAUAUGACUGGGGAGUAAUGCUGCCAAUAGAAUCGAAUAUACCCAUUUCUAAAGUGUUUGUUUCAGUGUUUUAUUGGGAUUCUUUUCUUAUAACAAUAAUGGUACUUAUAAUUUUAUCUAUGCUGCUGAGAGCUGCUGAGUUAACGAAAUCACAACGACCUUUUACCAAGCGCGAUAUUUUCUUCAUUAAUUUGGAUGGUUUUCGUGGAAUUCUUGGACAGUCAUUUUCUGUACUACCAAGCUGCUCAAAAGGUACAAAAAUCAUCUAUUCGUUAAUCUUCCUCCUUGGAAUUAUAAUUGUUACUUCGUACGAUGCAUUUCUUCAGUCCUUUAUGACCCAACCACCAAGGGAAAAAAUGAUUAAAUCUUUUGAAAUGCUUCAAUCGUCUGGUAUAAAAAUCUACUGCAAAAGAACUGAUAUUGAAGGGUUUUUGGAAGAUAAUUUCAAGACUUUUAUAGAAGUCCGAGAUAGUCUAAACACCAAAUAUGCCUACACACUAAAUGAAGACAAUUGGCAACUUUAUAAAAAUCAGCAAAAUUUCUUUGGUCAACAAUUGUUUCGUUGGUCUGAUGAAUUGUGUUUGUUAAAUAGUAUACAAUCGGCAAUUGCUAUAAAUGAAAAUUCAAUUUAUAAGAAAAUAUUGAAUUUUCUUAUUAUGGAAACUCAAUCGGCUGGAUUGUUGGAUUAUUGGAUUGGAAGAGCUUUUUAUGAGUUGGUCGAAGUUGGAAGAAUCAAAAAGUUAAAUUAUGGUUUUAAAGGACAAUUGCAGUUGCAACCAAUGAAAUUGGAGGACCUGAAAUGGAUUUGGAUGAGCUUGGGAUUGGCGUUUUUUGUUGAUACUUUGUGUUUUGUUGGAGAAAUUUUUCUGAUAGAAACAUAA